GUUAAGUAAUUUCUCUACAUCUGGGAGUGAGCUCUCCGACUCGUGGCAGCUGAAGAGAACAGAGGUAGCGACCGGAAGGUUUAUCAGCAGUUUACGCGUUGUGCUCGUUCCGCUGACACGUUCCCGGAGUCCUUGGGUGUUAUAUUGCUGUCACUAUAAGUACUGGGAACACUCUACCGCUGCAACUGGUUACAGGCCAUCUGGAGAGAGGAGCAGCAAGUGUGGACUGCGGGAGGUCGUUUGCAGCCCAGCAGUAAGCGAGCCAAUCUCUUGAUGGCAUCAUUGACGGAGGAGGGCGUGGACAGGGGUCAUCAGGUGGUCUAUCGUCAGAUCCUGCCCAUCGUCAUUUGCCUGGGUGUCCUGUCCAAUGGCCUUUGUGUCUUUAUCUUAAGUAGACCCAGCCUUAGGUCCGCUCGUGUUAACAGGUACUUCCUCGUUCUGGCGGUAUCUGACCUACUAGUGUGUCUCUUCUACAUCCCCGUCAGCACCACCAUCACUGGCUGUACCUUCUCCAGCUAUGCCGAAGCUUUCUACUUCUCCCAUUUUGGGUGGACACUUGUGGGCAUCGCUCAAGCCAUCGGCACCUACACCAUCCUAUGGCUCUCCCUUGACCGCUUCAUCGCUGUGUGGUGGUACAGCCUCUACCCAAGUAUCCAAAAGAAGCCGAAUGUCUUACGGAACAGAAUGGUUGUCACAGUUUUCCUCUGCAUCAUCACCCAUCUGGCCUACAUGUUUACCUCCACUGUCUACUACUGCUCCAAUGCAGACGAGACGGAUGACCUGUGCACAGAAGGGACUUUGAUUGUUAAGACCGGGUAUCAGAACCACUUCGACGAAACUUGGCACAAAAUUUACCGGAGUUUGUUUGGUCUGUUCAUCAGGUGGGUGCCAUGUUGUCUCCUACUGUUGUUCAACGUGGGGCUGGUGAUUGGGGUGAUGCGAGGCCGUGUCAAUUUUCCUGCCACAGGUCAUGGAACUGGGAGGAGCGGGGAGAGGACCCUUGUCAUCACCAUGAUCGCCAUAACCGCCUCCUACAUCUUGCUCACCCUCCCCAUCACCGUCUACAUUAUGGCUUACGCCACAUACGUCGUCAACCGUUGUUCUGAGGAAUAUCCCAAGGAGGUCCUCCGUGCUGUGGGUAAUUGUCUUCAGUUGUUCGAGCAUGUGAUACACAUAGUGUUCCUGGUGGGUCUAAACAAUGGCUUCAGGAAGGAGCUCAAGAUUUUGCUGCAUUUGGAGGAGAGGAAAAAGCAAAUGGAUCCUGGCGGAGUUGAACUUGGUGUUAGUCACUCACAGUUUGGUGGACUCGAGGUGUCGUGUCACAAGAACCAACAGAAUAGUGUCUCUCUCACACCAGCCUUAUCUAACAGCAACAGACACACCAUGGCAGAGGAUUUAUAACAUUCUUUAUGGUGUCUGUUACAGUGAAUUACGGUGUCUCUUACAGUGUCUCAUACAAUGUUCAUUACAGUUUUGUUUAGUGAAAACCACCAGGUGUAAAGAAUUAGUUUAGUCCUGGGUGAUGACAUGACACACUCAAAGAGGUUGCAACGAACCUUAAUAUGAUCACUGAAUAUUGUGAUCAUGACUAAUAAUCAAUAACAUGUGAACUUGAAUAAUUCCCUGUGUGGGUGUUGAUGGUGCCUCUCAUGUCCUCCACUAAACACUGUAUUAGAACCAAAAUUGAAUAUUUUUCUCUCCUCUCCAACAAUAUAAUUAUCAACAACUAUCAAAGUCCAUUCUAGGAUACACACACACGAGACUGUUCACAAAGGUUCCUAGAUUAUGGUUCUUAAAUUGCCUUUGUAACCGGGUCAAACCAUCUAUGAUACACAGACAUCACUUGGCUGAUGUCAACAUGAAACUCCAGUUAUUUUUAUAUAAUGUAGUUGUCUGUGCACCAAAAGUGUACUACACACUGUUCUCUAUUUAGAAAAUCAUUAGAUACUCACAAAAAAUAAUUAAGUGUCCUCACAUUGAAAUUACUGUUAUCUGAUAGGAGUUAUCAGUUAUUAACAAAUUUGGGUGUUGAUAGGAUUCUGAUCUACCGACAAACCAUUCAUUUAUAUUACAUAAAUUAAAUCAUGUAUAGUAAUCACAAUUUGUACAGGUUUAAAUUAUUGAGUGUUAAGAGAUCAUGUGUAUAAUGACUUCUGUAACAAAAUGUCAUUAUAUCUUAAUUAUAAUUUCACCACUUACUAGCCAUUCUGGGGGCAGUUGGUCAAUCCACUGUAAGUACAGGAGGAAACCUGUGAUACUUGGUAGUGUCUGGGCCAAUCAGGACUCACACCAUUGACAUAUUAGUAAGAGAUACAAGCAUUACUACAAUACCGCCAACAUUAUAACUAUAAUUAAUAAACUUUAAUAUAUUGUCUUAAAA